AUGAGAAACUGGGGACUUGUCAUGACGGAAACCAGGGAGAUGAACCCUUGCUCCAAGAAGGAGGCCGGUCUUGGGCCGAUGUUGAGGGCUUUCAGCCGACUCAUGAUCAUCUCUCGAGUAUCUACCAAGUUACCGGGACGACUUUUCAAAUCCCCCAACGCUUCUUAUACCCAGGCAAAGCCUCCCUUUGCAUCCCGUGCUUCUUUACCGACCCUUGUUGCGCUGAAUCAUCGCAUUUCUGCAACAUCUGUAUCUACAACGUCACGACUCCCAUCUCGGAAACGCCCCAUAGCCCAUAGACUCAAAGGAUUCGCUACAAUGGGCUCCCUUCCAGAAACAUCAAACGCCGUGCGUGUUCUCAUCCUUGGAGGCUGCUAUGGUGGUCUAUCUGCUGCCGUCAACUUGCUGGAUCUGAGCCAGGGUUACUCUCCCCGCAUGAACUCUGAGCCAUAUACUCAUCACCCCAACCUGCCUACAUUCAAUAUCGAGAUCACUAUUGUUGACCAAAGAGAUGGUUACUACCACUUGAUCGGCUCUCCCAUGGCUCUCGCCGACUCUGCCUUCUCCAAGAAGAACUGGGUUAAAUACUCCGACAUUCCCGGUCUCAAAGAUCCCAGAAUAAACAUCAUACAAGGCUCAGUCACCGGCGUGGACCCUGCUUCAAAGAAAGCUACCAUCUCAGCCCACCUUACUGAAGAGAAAUCCACUCUCGAAUAUGACUACCUUGUUGCUGCCACUGGUCUGCGCCGCGUCUGGCCCGUCGUUCCACAGUCCUUGACUCGAAAGCAAUACCUCUUUGAAGCUGAAAACCACAUCAACGCCGUCCAAAAUGCAAAGCACGGUGUUGUUGUAGUCGGUGGAGGUGCUGUCGGUAUUGAGAUGGCGGCUGAGCUUAAGAUGGUCAAGCCUCAUCUCAACGUAACUCUUGUUCACUCGCGUGACAAGCUUCUGUCGUCUGAGGGUCUCCCUGAUGAGACGAAGGAUGUGGCACUAGAGCUGCUCCGUGAGGCUGGUGUUGAGGUACUCAUGAACCACCGCCUAGCUUCUAAGAACAAGUUAGAGACCACCGACGGUAGCGAGAAGUACGAUGUCGAGUUCACCAACGGUCAUAAGAUGUCUGCCAGCGUGGUGAUCAUGGCCAUCUCCAGGAGUGUUCCCACCACCACAUAUCUGCCCACCUCAGCACUUGACGAGGAGGGCUUUGUCAAGAUCAAGCCCAACCUUCAAUUCGAACAAGGCACACCGAACGCCGAAUCCCACUACGCCGCUGGAGAUAUCACCAGGUGGCCUGGCAUCAAGCGAUGUGGCGGCGCCAUGCAUCAAGGCCACUACGUCGCACUAAACAUCCAUCAGAACAUUCUCAGCCAGCGAGCUGGGCACAUUCCCUCAUAUAAGGAGAUUGCAGUCUACCCACCUGUUAUUGGUCUAGCAGUUGGCAAGAAGGCUGUUGCUUCUAGCCCAGAUACCGGCACCACUGCCGGAGAGGAUGUACUCCAGUCAUGUUUCAGAGAUGAUUUGGGCUGGACCAUUUGCUGGAAUUACAUGCAGCUUGGUGGUCGCAAGACGGACGAGGCUAAGGCUUGA